GAAUUUUUUUUUUUUUAAUACACGAUUUGAGGAAAAACCCGCUCCAGGUUUCUGAAGUAGAUAGGACAACAAGGAAUGCAUUCCUUCUCUUUAGCCUAGGUUUUUCAGCACUAUUUUAUCAGCACUAUUUUACAGUAUUUAAUUUGUAGGCCUCUCCUAGUGCUGAUAAAGUGCAAAUGGGCCCACUAAAAAUGUCCAUGCACAAUAUUUUGUAUUUUAUUUAUUUAUUUUCAAAGAAGUAUCAGUCAUCAUUCUAAAUGAACGAAUUAAAUAGGGGUGUGUGUGCUUUUUAAAGUAUUGAGAUGCCACAAACUGAGACCUGGCCUGGUUUCAAAACUGUCUUGUGUCUUUUAGUCGUUUAGAGGCCUUAUGCAAGUCAUUGGUUCUUAACAUAAGUUUCCUGCCUGCAAUGGGAAUAAUAAUGCUUAUCUCGUAGGAUUGCUAUGCAAAGGAACAGGUUUACCCACAAAUGCAGUCAUUUUGCAUUUGCUUUAGUUAACUAUAACGGCCUGUGUGUUUAAAUGUACCCAUCAUUCAGAAUUGAGGCAGACCUAAAAGCAACAGCUGGUCAGUCUGGUUCGAAGCUAUUCAGGUAACAAAUACAAGAUCUUGAAGCUUGUGAAGCAGUUUGCAUACUGAAAGUACUGUGUCAGUUAAUAAUGAAAAUAUGCUUUAUUUUGAUUCUUGAUUUUUAUUUUUUUAUUCUGAAAUUUAAAAUACUUCUCAUGAAUUGUAUGAGAUGGGGCAUUUAAAUGAUAUACUGUAUUGUGUAAUCUGCCAUAAAUAAAUAUCACAGCACACCCUUUUCUGUGCAGUGUUACCUAGGCCAUAUUUUCAUGAAUCAGAUGCACAUCAGAAGUAUAUCAGGAGGAAAAAGCAUCUCUUUUGCAUCGCACACAGGAAGAGAGGCGGAAACGAGAGAAAGGAGAAGGCUGAAAAAUGCAAUAAUCAUCCAGUCCUUUGUUCGAGGGUACAGGGACAGAAAACACCAAUAUUCCAUUCAGAGGAGCGAAUUUGAUUACUGUGCUAAUCUAGCACAAUCUGGAGGAAGUUUCUCCACCGCCAAUGGAGCAAAUCUGACUCUUUUAGUUCGCCAGCUUCUGUUUUUCUAUAGGCAUAAUGAAGAUUCUAAACGUUUGAUAUGGAUAUGUCAGAACUUGAUUAAGCAGAAUUCUCAGUUUGUGAAGCAGCUUGAUGGCCCUGAGAAACUUACAUGCCUGUUCCAGAUAAAAAGGCUGUUGGGCUUAUGUUGCAGAUUGCUGCAAAACUGCAAUGAUGACAGUCUGAAUGUUGCACUUCCUAUGAGGAUGCUUGAAGUAUUUUCAUCUGAGAAUACCUAUUUGCCUGUUUUACAAGAUGCUAACUAUGUAGCAUCAAUAAUUGAACAAAUCUUGCACUACGUGAUUCAAAAAGGAUACUACAGGUCUCUUUAUCUGCUAAUAAAUAACAAACUUCCAUCAAGUAUUGAGUAUUCUGAUGUGUCUCGAGUUCCUAUUGCAAAAAUAUUGUUAGAGAAUGUUCUGAAACCAUUGCACUUUAAUUAUAGCUCCUGUCCAGAAAAUGCCAGGCAACAGAAUUUUGCUGCUUUUACAGAAGAAUUCCUGGCAGCACCUUUUACAGACCAGAUAUUUCAUUUCAUCAUUCCAGCGCUUGCAGAUGUGAAGACCUGUUUCCCUUAUGAACUCUUUUUGAAUGCACUAUUGUUAACAGAAAGCAGACGUUUGAGGAAAAGUGAGAGAGCUCCUUGGCUUUUCUACGUUGUUCUGACUGUUGGUGAAACAUAUUUAGGAUCUCUUUCAGAAGAAGGGCUGCUUGUGUACCUGCGAGUACUUCAGACAUUUCUUUCUCAGUUACCGGUGUCUGCAUCAGGUGCAGACUGCCAAGAUUCAACCAGUGACUCUGAAGAUGAAGAUGAAGGAAUUAGCAAGAUGACUUCCAUGCCUGGAGAUGGAAGAAUAUCAGUCCAAUAUAUAACUGAAGAGUGUCUUUCAAAACUGGAUACAAAGCAGCAGACAAACACUCUGCUAAACAUGGUUUGGAGAGAUUCAGCUAGUGAAGAAGUUUUUACUCUGAUGGCUUCCAUAUGCCACACAUUGAUGGUGCAGCACCGAAUGAUGGUGCCAAAAGUCAGACUUCUGUACAGCUUGGCUUUUAAUGCCAGGUUCCUGAGGCAUCUUUGGUAUUUAAUCUCCUCAAUGACUACACGAAUGAUUACUGGGUCUAUGGUGCCUCUCCUUCAGGUGAUAUCACGUGGCUCACCGAUGUCUUUAGAAGAUUCUAGUCGGAUCAUCCCUCUCUUUUAUCUUUUUAGUUCUUUGUUUAGUCACUCGCUUAUUUCUAUACAUGAUAAUGAAUUUUUUGGUGAUCCUAUAGAAGUUGUAGGUCCAAGGCAGUCAUCGAUGAUGCCUUUUACGUUAGAAGAACUGGUAAUAUUAUCACGCUGCCUUCGAGAUGCUUGCUUAGGAAUCAUUAAAUUGGCAUAUCCUGAAACCAAACCAGAAGUUCGUGAAGAAUACAUUGCAGCGUUUAGAAGUGUUGGAGUCACCACAAAUACAGAAAUGCAACAGUGCAUCCAAACAGAACAGAAGCGGUGGAUUCAACUCUUUAAGGUAAUCACUAACUUGGUGAAAAUGUUGAAAUCUAGAGAUACAAGAAGGAAUUUCUGUCCACCAAACCACUGGCUUUCAGAACAGGAAAACAUUAGAGCAGAUAAGGUUACACAGCUUUAUGUGCCAUCAGCCAGGCAUGUAUGGAGAGUGAGAAGAAUGGGAAGAAUAGGACCACUGCAGUCUACUCUAGAUGUGGGGUUGGAUCCAGCACCUCUUUCCGUGUCUGAGGAACGACAACUUGCAAUAUUGACUGAGCUACCUUUUGUGGUUCCUUUUGAAGAAAGAGUAAAGAUAUUUCAAAGGCUGAUCUAUGCUGACAAACAAGAAGUUCAAGGAGAAGGCCCAUUUCUGGAUGGAAUUAAUGUCACUAUUAGGAGAAAUUAUAUUUAUGAAGAUGCAUAUGACAAACUUUCCCCUGAAAAUGAACCAGAUUUGAAAAAACGAAUUCGUGUCCAUUUACUUAAUGCCCAUGGUCUAGAUGAAGCCGGUAUUGAUGGGGGUGGAAUAUUCAGAGAAUUUCUGAACGAACUGCUUAAAUCAGGAUUUAACCCUAACCAAGGUUUUUUUAAGACCACUAAUGAAGGACUGCUUUACCCUAACCCUGCUGCACACAUGCUCAUUGGAGAGUCAUAUGCAAGGCACUACUAUUUCCUUGGGAGGAUGCUUGGAAAGGCUUUAUAUGAAAAUAUGCUUGUCGAGCUUCCAUUCGCCGGUUUUUUCCUUUCAAAGUUGUUGGGAACAAGUGCAGAUGUGGACAUUCAUCACUUGGCUUCACUAGAUCCCGAAAUGUACAAAAACCUACUUUUUCUCAAGAGCUAUGAAGGGGAUGUGGAAGAACUUGGGCUGAAUUUUACUGUGGUGAAUAAUGAAUUGGGGGAAGCACAGGUGGUUGAACUAAAGCCUGGGGGAAAGGAUAUUCCUGUCACUAGCGCCAAUCGAAUUGCAUACAUCCAUCUUGUGGCAGACUACAGGUUAAACAAACAGAUCAGGCAGCAUUGCCUUGCAUUUAGACAGGGUCUUGCCAAUGUUGUUAAUCUUGAGUGGCUUAGAAUGUUUGAUCAGCAAGAAAUUCAGGUUUUGAUAUCUGGUGCACAGGUUCCUAUUAGUCUAGACGACCUUAAAACUUUCACAAACUAUUCAGGUGGUUAUUCUGCAGAUCAUCCAGUAAUCAAAAUCUUUUGGAGAGUUGUAGAAAGUUUCACCGAUGACGAAAAGCGUAAAUUGCUCAAGUUUGUGACAAGCUGUUCACGGCCUCCACUCUUGGGGUUUAAGGAAUUGUAUCCUGCUUUUUGCAUACACAACGGAGGCUCUGAUUUAGAGCGACUACCCACUGCCAGUACCUGCAUGAAUUUAUUGAAGCUUCCAGAGUUUUAUGAUGAGAACCUUAUGCGAAGUAAGCUGCUUUAUGCCAUUGAAUGCGCUGCUGGAUUUGAGUUGAGCUGAGCUACUACAAUGCUCUGUUGAGGAACUAAUCAGUGCCUACUCCAUACGCACCACCCACACCAAGCAGAUUAAGAGAAUCCCACCUGGGUUUCUGCAACUCAUCUUUCCUGUCAAAUACUCUCAAGUAGGUUUCAGUUUCAGUGCAAGAUGUUAUUUCUCUGUCACUCAUUUAGCAUUUAACUGUAUCAACGGUAUCUUACUCUGAUUUCAAAAUAAUGAAGCUGUGUGCAAUUUGGUAGGCUUUCCAAGAAAGAGCAUAUUUGGGGCACAGUAACAUCAUUUUGAAAAUAACCAAAGAUGAAGCUUUGGCUUUGUGCUGUUCAAAUACAGAAUAAUUCCAUAAGCUGGCAAUAAAUCAACAUACAAAGCAGCCCACAAGGAAUAAACAGGGUGAUGACUUUGGAGAGGGAAGCAGGCAUUUUGCAAGUGGCUCGGAACUGAGAGGCUAAAAGCAGUUCCACUUUUUUCUUCUUCAAGAGGCAGAAAUUGUUUACAAACCUUUCUGCAACUGCAGUUUGUUGCAACUGGGGGGAAAAUGCAUUUUUAUUACCGUGGUAGGCAUUGAAAGAAAGUGUUUAUUUCACGUGUGUGUGCGUGUUUUUUCAAUACCUUCAGUUAUCUGAAUGGGCAUACCUGUUCUUCAGUCACUACCUGUGUCUUGAUUAACUGGACAUGUUUUUUCCUUCCUCUGUUCCAUUUUCUCCUGUGUGCCUGUAGACUUUUUAAUGCGACAGACUUCUUUGGCAUAUAUAAUACAUACAAUAGCUGUGACUUUGGAAAAGAAAUACUUGUAACAACUAUUAAAAUAUAUUUGAACCGGAAGCUCCAGGCUUUUAAUCUUUUAUAUCUGAAAGCCUGUGGGUGGGUGUUCACAUACCCUCUUCAGCUUUCUCUGUCAGGAAUAACUGGGGUUGGUGUAGAAACUGGGCUUUCCUUCAUUAUUUACCAUGACUAAACAACUACGAAUCCAUUUGCUCAGUUAGCAGUUAGCUGCUUGGACACGGGAAAAGGAGUGCAUCACUGGACGAUGUUUGGCUGACAAGGCAAACAUUUGUUUCAUGUGGUUCAGAAAUGGUUAUGGCACUGGGUCAACAUUUGUCUUCACGUGCAAUUCUCACUAAAUUAUUUUUUUAAUAAUAUAAUUAGAACCUAAAUCAUUAACGGGCAGAAUCAAGUGUGUCCUUUAUUGUCAGUUGGAAAAGGCCUGAGAACUUUUACAUUGGGGUGGGGGGCCCUUCCACUUCCGGCCUCUUAGACCGAAAGCUAUUUUACUGCUGGGGAAGCUUCUGAAUUUCAUAUUUAAUUAGCAGUAAACAGCAAUAUAUUUUAAAUGUGCAGAAGAGCUCUUGAGUGAUUUUAAGAUGUUUACUAGUGUUAGUACAAAAAAUGUAUAAUUUCAUGAUUUGGAUAAGAAAUGAAGUGUUAAAAAUACUAUUUGUAGUCACAAUGUACAUAAAUAAAACAAUUGUUUUCUUUUUGGUUUUGUUCUAAGCUGCUUUAUUUAUGGUAACAUUUACGAUGCCCUGCCUAUUCUGUUCCUGAUAGUUGGCUGCCUGUGUUCUUUUUAUUUUUAUUUUUAUUUUUAUAUAGAUUAUGGAACUUAACACAGAAGGACUAUAGAAACCUUUAACAGGACUGCUGCCUUCCCUAAAAAGCAAAGCCUGGACAUUUCCUUUUAAAAAAACACACACCAUUAUUUAUUCUAUAAUCCAAAGUAUUAAAUAUUUUGAAAUUACUUUUUUAACUGAAUUAAUUUGCUGGAUUAAAAGCUGUCAUGUUUGUAAGUUGUAAAAUGUAAAUUAAACUCUUUUUGUAUUGAG